AUGCAAAAGGGGGUCAGUCCCCGAGGGGAGCAGCAGAGGGGGGUCAGUCCCGUAGGAGAACAGCGCAGGGGAGAAUUCACUGUGCCUAGUGAUAGCGAUGGCGUCAGCGCGAGCCGUGACCGCAAAAGCGGUGCUAUCAGUGCGACCAGCGGCACCAGCGGCAAUGGCAAGGGUGAGAGUGAGAGCAGGGUUCCAGAAGCGGUGAGGUCGGACCCGCUGCAGUGGCUGCCGCGGUAUGUGAAGGUGGUGGAGGUGGGGCCGCGGGACGGGCUGCAGAACGAGAAGCAGCAGGUGGCGGUGGGCGUGAAGGUGGAGCUCAUUCACCGCCUCAUGGCUGCUGGGCUGCCCGUGGUGGAGGCUACCAGCUUCGUGUCCCCGAAGUGGAUUCCCCAGCUUUCUGAUGCACCAGAGGUGAUGCAGCGAGUGCAGAGCAAUGGGCGAACCAAGCUACCUGUACUGACCCCCAACCUGAGAGGCCUCGAAAACGCAGUGGCAGCAGGGGCCAAGGAGGUCGCUGUGUUUGCUGCUGCUUCUGAGGCGUUUUCCAAGAAGAAUAUCAACUGCUCGGUGGAGGAGAGUCUGGAGCGGUACAGGGCGGUUUGCGACGCUGCCAGGGAUAGGGGCAUUCCCGUGAGAGGCUAUGUAUCCUGCGCGGUGGGGUGCCCCUACGAGGGUCACAUAGAGCCAGCAGCAGUGGCGAGGGUGGCCAGGGCUCUCCACGACAUGGGGUGCUACGAGGUGUCUCUGGGUGACACCAUUGGUGUCGGCACUCCUGGCUCCGUGGCGCCCAUGCUGGACGCCGUGUGUGCGUGUGUGCCGCCUGCCUCUCUCGCUGUCCACUUUCACGACACCUAUGGCCAGGCGCUCGCCAACAUUCUCGUGGCUCUGCAGAUGGGCGUGUCAGUGGUUGAUUCCUCGAUAGCAGGGCUGGGCGGGUGUCCCUACGCCAAGGGGGCGUCAGGCAACGUGGCGACAGAGGACGUGGUGUAUCUGCUGCACGGACUGGGCAUUCACACCGGCAUAGACUUUGACAAGCUGCUCGACGCAUCGGCGUUUAUCAGCCAGGCGUUGGGGCGAGAGCCCUGCUCGCGCACUGCUGUGGCUCUGGCACGCACCAGGCAAACAAUGGGAGAGACACCUAAACUGUGA